AUGGGGCAGAAUGGGGUAUCCAUAUUGAAAUGGUACGUAAUUACGUUCGGAAGACAGAGAGGCAAGCAUGGUCAACCGAAACUUGAAUAUAAGCUAAAUGCGAAUAGAAUAUACAAUUGCGAUGAAACUGGUAUCACAGUUAAUCCAAAGGGACAGUCAAAAGUGUUAGCUACUAAAGAGAAACGACAGGUUGGCAUUUUAACAUCCGCUGAACGUGGAGAAACGGUUACUGCAGUAAUAUGCUUUUCAGCUAGUGGCACGGCAACAAAAGAAGAUCCAGUUCUAUUACUCUUUGAUGGUCAUUCUUCACACACAAAAAAUCUUCCCGUUAUUAAUGCAGCUAGAGAAAAUGGAGUUAUUUUAUUAUACUUUCCACCCCAUUGUUCGCAUAAACUACAACCAUGUGACGUAUCAUUCAUGAAACCAUUGAGCAUAUAUUAUGAAGAUGAAGUUAGAAAAUGGCUCCGUUGUAAUCCGGGCAAAGUAGUUACUUUAGGAAAUAUUUCAUCGUUAUUUGGUGCAGCUUUCAUACAUGUUGCAAACAUGAAAACUGCAAUGAAAGGUUUUGAAGCAACCGGAAUAUGGCCUCCGAACAAUAAUGUUUUUAGUGAUGAAGAUUUUUUGCCAUCGAUCGUAACUGACAUUGUACCAAGUACUUUGUCAACUGAACAAGAUGCUAGAGUAAAUGAAAACGUAAAUGAUCAACAUUUAAACUCGGAAACGACAGAACAAGCCACAGUUGUUUUGAAUGAGCCACAGUGUUCACUGGCGCUUCAUAAUCAACAAAUUACAUUUCCAAUUGAAUCGCCUGAAAAUAUACUACCCAUACUUAAAGUGAAACAAACAGAAAAAAGAAAUUCACGAAAAAGAGGUAAAACAGCUAUUUUAACGGAAUCGCCCUAUAAGAAUGACUUGGAAAUAUCUUUGGAAACGGCAAAAAAAAAUAAAGAAGAAAAAGAAAAGAAAAGACAAGAAAAAACCAUGUUAACAAAGAAACAACUAUUUAAAUCUGUGCCAAAAAAGAAAAAAAAGUUCACAGAGAGAAAAAAGAUUCGUCUUUAA